AUGCCUGAUUAUCUAAAGAUUAGCUCUGGACGGCAAGAGUUAAAGGACACAGAGAAUGAUGAUUAUAGAACAUGUAGAUUGAUAUAUGCUGCAGCAAAUGGUGAUGUUCCCACUUUACAAAGCUUACAUGAAAAGAAAGUGGACAUGAAUUUGAGAGACUACGAUGGACGUACUGCCUUGCACCUUGCAGCUGCAAAUGGACAUGUGGAAGCUGUUGAAUUUCUUGUCAAAGAGGCAAAGGUUACCGUAUCAAUACCAGACAGAGAAUCCAGAAUACCAAUGAAUGAUAACAAUGAAGAUAUUCAAAAGCUUUUGACAAAAUAUAAGAAUAAUGCAGGACAAAAGGCUAAGCUUUCAGUAAAAGAUGAAACCUUGACUAUUCUAAUGAUGGCUGCUUCAAAGGGAUAUUUACAUACACUUAAGGAUUUCAAGUACACAUAUUUCAAAAUGGACAGCAGUGAUUAUCUUAAAGAAACUCCACUUCAUGUUGCUGCUGCUAAAGGGAGGUUAGAUGAUGUAGAAUAUCUCUUAAAUGAAAGACAGGUCUCACCAUUUGCUCGAAACAGCUUUCGGAAAAUGCCAGUUGACUUAGUGAAUGAAAAAGUAAAAUUUUGGGAGCAGAAAGGUAAACAACGUCGCAAAGAAGAUUUUGAAAAAGUAAAAGAUGUACUACAAAAGGCUAUGGAUGCAGCCGCGGAUGAAAGUAUAGAAAAACAGGAAGACAAAACCUUCAGCAAACAUUUAGAUGAAGAAAGGAUAUUUCUAUUUCUUAUUAGAGCCUGUAAAGGUGACUUAAAGACUAUUCGCAGGUAUUUAAAGACAGACAAUACACUCUGUAAUAAGAUUGACUAUGAUGAAAGAUCAGCUUUACAUAUGGCAGUAGCAGAGGGGCAUAUUCACUUAGUUAAAUAUCUAUUGGAGCAUGGAGCUGAUAAGCUUAUGAAAGAUAGAUGGGGACGUACACCUUCUGAUGAAGCAAAGGAAAGUGGAGAUAAAAAUAUGAUAACACUGUUUGAAAAUGCUUCUUAGUUAUAUUAAUCUUAAUAUCUGUAUACUGUUUGGUGAUGAUUCAAAAUUUCAAAUUUGAGUUAUUGAGUAUUUUGUAAA